AGCCACGUCAAACGCAUCGCUCCAGAGACGGAGUCUGCGCAAGAGAAAAGUUCAACUUCACAGCGCAAGCGCACUGAAUUCCCAGCACUGCCCACCUUUGCCCACCACUGCCCACCCAGACUCCAUUAUCCGAGGUCAUCAUCGCAAAAUGGCAGCGAGAAACGACGACCCCGAACUUUCUGAUAAAGAACCAGGAGAGACCAGCAGCAUGGAUCGACCUCCAGACUUGUCUAUGAGGACGGUGCUGGUGGGGAAGACUGGUGUGGGGAAGAGCUCUACUGGAAACACCAUCUUGGGCCAGGAGGUCUUCCACGUAGCCUGUUCUGCCCAGUCAGUGACCAAAGAGUGUAUAAAGGCCAGAGCAGAGUUUGAUGGUAAAGAAGUGUCUGUGGUCGACACUCCUGGUCUAUUUGACACUGACCUGACAGAAACAGCAGUGAUGAACAAACUGGUUGAAUGUAUCAGUCUGUCCUGUCCUGGACCACACGUCUUCCUCCUGGUGCUCUCAUUGGGUCGCUUCACUGAAGAAGAGAAUCAGACGGUGAAGAGACUGCAGGGGAUCUUUGGUGAAGAGGCGCCUAAAUACACCAUCAUUCUUUUCAGUUAUGGAGACCAGCUGAAAAACCAGACCAUAGAAGAGUAUUUGGCUACAGCGGGAAACGAGCUGAGUCAAGUGGUGGAGAUGUGUGGUGGACGCUAUCACGUCUUUAACAACGAGAACAUGGCAGACCGCGCUCAGGUCUCCAGCCUUAUGGGCAAGAUUUUUGAUAUGGUGUCAGAAAAUGAUGGUGGAUACUACACCAAUGAGAUGUAUGAGAAUGUGGAAAGAGCAAUUCAGGAAAGAGAGGAAGAGCUGAGAAAUGAGAUGCAUGAUAACAUGCAAAGAGCAAUUUAUGAGAGAGAGGAAGCACUGAGAAAUGAAAUGUACAUAGUGGUCAAGGCUAAAGACAAGGAAAUAGACAAGCUACGUAAGGAGCUCAGAGAAAAGGCAGAGAGAGAUGUGAAGACGAAGAAAUUUCCACAGUUCAGGAAAGUCACAGAGCAGUGUCAACAGCAGUGAUAUAGAUCCUUCUUCCUUUAAUUUCUCUUCCCUUCUCCCCCUGCACAGCGUCCUCAUUCUACUUUCAAAUCUGUAUCUACACUCCCACCUCUUUAAUUUAGCACAAUGAAGACAAAUACUUAUGCACUUCAUUUAUUUAUUAUGUUUAAAAUAGUUUUCUGUUUUUUUACAGAAUAAACAGGCGGUUGGUUAGUGUAGUGGGUAUUACCUCUGCCUUGUAGACUGGGGUUCAGUCCCCCACCUGGGUAAGC